GUCCCGUCUGUGGACGCUCUAUCCCUCGCCGAGCUCUCAUGUUUCCUAUGUAGAUUGAAUAACAAAAUAAAUUUAUCCAGUGUCACAAUAGUUGCUUGCCGAAGCUAUCAUCAUUAUUGUGGACAAGACUUAAGCUGCCCUUGACGUGUGCAGGGUCGUGAGAGGUAUGAGUGGCUCGUUGGCGCCCACUGCUGUCGCGGCCGGGAGCCAGUGCUGGUGAUGGGGACAUGGGCCUCUCCCUCAGGGCUUCCACCGCGCUCCACACCCGCCGCCACCGCUGCCUCGCUCACCGGGACACACGGCUCGGCCGUCACCACGACAACACGCUACCGCAGGCCUGUCCGUAAACACAACACUGGGUCCAGAGCUCUUGGUAGAUGUUCCAAGUAGCCCUCUCUGAUGAGGAUGUCUGAUCCUGGCACUGACAAGGAGACGAGUGAAACAAUGAGAGUUCUGGAGGAGGAGAGUGACCCGGCGCCAGAGGUCCAAGGCCAGACCUCCGGGUCCGACAGCAAGGACCGGCCUGAGCCAGUCAAGGAGGAGAGCGGCCAGGACAACCAGAAGGAGGUGCAGCAGCAAGGCUCUGGACAUACAGGGAUCAGGCCCAAGUCUAAUGCAAAGUUAAAGUUAGUUCGGAGCCUGGCCAUUUGCGAAGAGCCCUCUCCUCCAUCUGUUUCCACAGAAACGUCUGGAGAACAUCAGGGUGAGAUUGAGGUCCAGCUUUCUCAGUCGUUUGACAAAGAGGAGACGGCUCCACCUAAGACUGAGGACGGCAAAGACAAAUGCCCCGACAAGUUGGAGAAGGCUGAGAAAACGCCACGGAGGAUGCUGUCUCGAGAUUCUAGUCAAGAAUACACAGACUCAACUGGUAUCGAUCUCCACGAAUUCUUGGUGAACACACUGAAAAACAAUCCCAGGGACCGAAUGAUGUUGCUGAAACUGGAGCAAGACAUUCUGGACUUCAUCAGUAACAAUGAAAGCCAGAGAAGAAAAUUUCCUCCGAUGACCUCAUAUCAUCGAAUGCUGCUGCACCGGGUUGCUGCAUACUUUGGCUUAGACCACAACGUCGACCAGACCGGGAAAUCUGUCAUCAUCAAUAAAACUAGCAAUACAAGAAUACCAGAUCAAAAAUUUUCAGAGCAUAUCAAAGAUGACAAAACCGACGAUUUCCAGAAACGCUACAUUCUGAAAAGGGACAAUUCCAGCAUAGACAAAGAUGACAACUUGCUGCGAAUGCGCCUGAAGGAAGACCGGAGGAGUAAGUCUAUAGAGGAGCGUGAGGAGGAGUACCAGCGAGCCAGGGACAGGAUAUUUGCCCAAGAUGGUCCUGACAGCUUCCCUCCUGACAAAAGGAUACAGGAAGAUGACGGCUAUAACAGCACGCAGCAAAGACGACAGAUUUUUAGGUUAAAGGACAGCCGGUCGGGAAACAGCCGGCAGAGCAGCUCGGAGAACGAGCCCAGGUACUCGGAACCGCGGCCGUGGAGCAGCACCGACUCGGACAGCUCCAACCGCAACCUCCGCCCGGCCAUGACCAAGGCUAGCAGCUUCAGCGGCAUCCCCGUGCUCAUGCGCGGCGACAGCUGCAACAGUAGCAAGAGCACCGGACGCCUCUCCAAGACCGGUUCUGACUCGUCUAGUAGUGUAGGCUCGUCCACGGGCUCGCUCUCUCGCUCCCAGCCGCCCCUCCUCCCCGCCCUGCCUCUAACCCAUCAGCCGGGCCCUGCCGCACCCCUUGCCUACCCUGCCGUCAGCCCCGCCGGCCCCGCAUCCUACAAGGGCUGCCGGGCCUCCUCCUCCUCCUCCUCCUCCUACACAGCGCCCUUGGCUAACCAUAGCUACUAUUUGCUUCCUCUGGAAGCCACCGGGAUCUCCCCCGGCGGUAUCCUGGUGAACCCACACACAGGUCAGCCCUUUAUGAAUGCCGAGGGCGGUGCGGUGCUCUAUGGCCCCACCCUGGGUGCCCAGCCUGGCAGGCCCCAGCAGCCUCCCCCAGUGCCACCUGGUUCUGCCAACCACGUCAUGUCCCAGUCUGCACCUCCUCCUCCUCCACCUCCUCCUCCUCCUCCUCCACCUCCUCCAGCCGUUCGGCCCCUGCAGCCGGCCGUGCUGCCGUCGGCUCAGCCUGUCCACUACGCCACGGCCUCUUACCCAUCUCCGUUCUACUCCGCCUCUCCUAACCAGCACUACACUGUGCAAGAGAACCUGGGAGCCCAGUUCAGCCACAUGAGCCUGGCCCCCCACCACCACCACCACCACCACCACCCCCACCACCACCACCAGCUGCUCGGUGAUGGCCGCGACGCGCCGCACCACACUGCCAUGUACCCCUCGUCUGUCCUGCUGCAGGGUCCCCCCCCGCCCCAGCAGCAGCCCGGCUACAUGGUGACACCAGCAGGGCACCCCGGGGUGCCCUCCGGCGCCGCCUACGCCACCCCAGGCCAGGCGCCCCAUGCCCAGCCACUGCUGCACCACCACCACCAUCAACAACAACAACAGCAACAACAACAACAACACCACCAUCACCAACACCACCACCAUCACCAACAGCAACAGCAGCAACAGCAGACUUCCCAGCAGGGCUACAUGCAGCAGCCCCUGCAGCAGAUGGCCUCAUGUUACUGUGCUCCGGGUCAGCAGUACCCCCUCUCCAGCCAGCAGUACCGGCCCGGCGUGGGUACCGUGGCGUACAGCGGCCCCCCCAACCAGCCGAUGGCAGCCGCCGCCGCGCCCCCGCCGCCCAAUCAGCAGCCAGGUUAUCAAACUGUGAUGCCAAAUCAAGCGCAGAACUACCAGAACAUGGUCGGGGUGCAGCAGCCUCACAGCCAGGGCCUGGUCAGUGGUCAGCACAGCAAUAUGGGAACCCAAAUGCAAGGCAUGAUGGUGCAGUAUCCCUCCAUGCCAUCUUAUCAGGUAUCCCUGCCUCAAGCCUCUCAGGCUGUAGGCCAGCAGCCGUAUCAGCAGCAGAUCAUCAUCCCCAGCCAGUCCAGCCAGGGUCCCAUGCCCGCCACAGGGGUGCAGGUCUACUACAGCAUCGUCCCACCAAACCAACAGAACACCCUUAGCUCCUCGGUGGGGUUUUUGCCGCCUCCAGGAUCAGAGCAGAUGCCGUUCCCUCGCACGUCGCCCCCCUGCGGCCCCCAGCAGCUCCCUGCCCAGCAGUGUUCAGGUGUGUCGGCCCCUCCGCCCCCUGGUGGCGGGAUGGUGAUGAUGCAGCUGACCAUUCCACCCAAUCAGCAGCCCAAGACCCACUCGCCUACCCAGUGGAAGAACAACAAGUACUACAGCCUGGACCACGGGAGGAACCACAAGGCCCCAGACCUGUCCAGCCUGGACACCUCACAGAGUAGCCCUCAGCUGGGCAGCCCCUCCUCCUCCCCCUCCCAGUCCCCGUCCCCAGCACACUUGACCAACGUGAAGAGCAUACGCCCGGGCCUCCCCGCCCUUCCCAUCAUGCAGCAGUUCUCAAGACCCUUCGGUCCAGGUCAAGCUGAUCCCCGGUACCCUCUGCUAGGUCAGCCCCUCCAGUACAAUCCCCAAGUCCGUCCUCCUCUCCUCCACGCUCCACCCAUCAUCUCCAACCACCAGGGGCCUGGAGGAAUGAGGCAGGGAGGUCGAGGGAGGAAGCAGCCAAGGAAAGCGCUUUCAACAGAUCUCAGUGUAGGUGAAACAGUAAGCGAGCGGGUCCUGGAGAUGACGAACAUGCCGUCGGGCGUCGGCCGGACGCAGGCGGACCCGUUGUUCAGGGAACUGUGACCUUGACCCUUUCGGACGGGCAGCUGGGACCGGCACUACACACACGUCCCAUCGAGGGGGGGUUGGGAGGGAGGGGAGCUCUCGAGUCCAGUGCACGCGCUCCAGUGCCAUGGCAAGCAGUCCUGGCCUCCUCUGAGGCCCACGGCUCGUGUGCGACUCCAGACAGGUGGCACAGAGGGGGGGGGGGGGGGGGGGGGGCGCAGUCACACUGCACCACGCCCUCACUGUGUCCGUACAGACUGGCUCUGUCUGAGCACAGGACAUGGCCCCUUCCCGACUAUACACACAUUGAUACAUACACACGCACACGCACACACACACACGCACACACACACACGCACACACACACACACACAUACACAAAGCCACAAAAAUCUUCCCUCUGCCCUGUUAAUGCUCUGUUGCCAUGACUAUCUACAUCUAGUUCCAUUUGAAAUUAGACUGUGAUAAGUUUGUGAUUAUUUUCCCCCGUUUUGUUCUACAAAGUGUGUGUGUGGUGGUUAAAGGUUUUCCUCUACACACUGAAAAAGGAAAAAAAGAAAAAAGAAAAAAAAAACUGAAGCCACAUGAACAUUUAAAAACAAAGACAGAAAAAAACUUGAAUGAAAUCUAUAAUUCUGUCAGCUCUCUUGAGAAUUGAUAGGAACAUGUUGAAUGGCAGCCUCAUCUUGUUUUGUUUUGUUUGUUUGUUUGUUUGUUUGUAUGUUAGGAGGUUUUUUAUUUCGAAAUUUUAUUUGUGAAAUAUAUUUUCAGACCUGAA